CCUCCUCAGUUUCAACAUGCGGGGGCUCCUCUUCUGCUGCCUUGUGGCCCUGGCCGCAUGUCAGAGUGUCCGCUACGAGCCUGGCCUGAACCCGAAGAAAACCUAUGAGUACAGAUAUGAAGGCGUGGUUAAUUUUGGCCUCGGCAUGCCAAACCUUGCUGAGUCUGGUGUGAGGAUGACAAGCAAGAUCAAAAUUGUUGGUAUGUCUGAACAAACAUUCAUCCUCCAGGUUUCAGAUUUGGCCUUUGAGGAGUUCAAUGGCUUCCCAGGGAAAAACAGCUUUAAUACCUCUCCAAAACUCACCCAGCGUAUUGCUACCCAGCUCAUCAAACCCUUCAUGUUUGACUAUGCUGGUGGACAUGUUAGUAACAUCCGAGCUGCUGCUGAGGUUUCUGACACCAUCGUCAACAUUGUGAGAGGAAUACUGGGUUUUUUCCAAGUGACUGUGAAGACCACACAGAGGAUCUAUGAGCUUGAAGAGAUUGGCAUCCAUGGCAAGUGUCAGAGUAACUAUGCUAUUGAAGAAAACGAGGAAACGAAGGACAUGACCAUUACUCAGGUAGUGGAUGUCACAAACUGCAGGGAGAAAGCAGCCAUAUACAGGGGAAUGGCUACCGCUGUGCUCGACCAAGUCGCCAAACAGAGAGGGGAAUCGGUCAUUUCAACAGUGAGAUAUGUUUACACAGUCCAGCCAAGAGCCGAGGGAGGCCUCAUUACCAGAGCUCAUGGCCUGGAGCAGCAGCACUUCAGUCCCUUCAACGUGAAGGGCGGCACUUUCAAAAUGCAAGCAAUGAAGGAAAUGGUGCUGCUCGGCGUGAGUGACACAGCGAGAGCUGUCACAUUUGGGCCAAUGGAAAGCAAGGGCAACCUUAUUUACAAGUUUGUCAACACACAAGUUAAUGUCCCCAUCAUAAUGCAGAACCUGGAUGACCCAGUGCCAAAGGCUAUUGAGUUGGUCAAGCAUAUGGCUGAGGUUAAUCGCUACCAGAUUGACAGUGCAACAACAGAGGAUAGUAUAAAGCUGUAUCAGCUUCUGCGAGCGAUGCCUUAUGAAGGAUUAGAAGCUAUGUGGAAGCAACUGGCAGGAAAUGAAGAGCACAGACGCUGGUUUUUGGACAUGGUUGUUGAAGUCAACGAUGCCAGAAUCCUUAAUUUCCUGGAAGCGAGGUUCCAGGCUGAAGACGUGUCUACGACUGAAGCUCUGCAAACCCUUUUGCUGUCGAUGAACCAUCUCCAGGCUAUUCCUGAUCUGGUUGAGAUGGCUAAAAUGUUCCUGACCAUGCCCUUUAGUAAAUCCAGUAUCUAUCUGUGGCACACUGUGGUGCUUUCCUACGGCUCUCUGGUAUACAAGCACUGUGCCUAUUACACACCUUGUCCAGUAGCUGCUGUUCAGCCACUGCUGGACAUGGCCAUGGAAAGUCUGAAGAAUGGCAAGGAGGAAGACAUGGUCAUCGCUCUGAAAGCUCUGGGGAAUGCAGGUCAUCCAGGCAGCAUUAAAACAAUCAUGCGCUUCCUCCCUGGAGUUGCUGCCAACCCUGUGGAUCUGCCGCCUCGUGUUCUGAGUGCCGCUGUGCAGUCUAUGAGACUCAUCGCUGCCAGAGACCCUCACAGUAUCCAAGACAUCACCAUGAGACUGUUCCUGCAGAAGAACCUUCCUUCUGAGAUACGCAUGCUAGCCUUCAUGAUCCUGUUUGACACUAAACCCUCGAUGGCGCUGGUGUCCACAGUGACUGCACAUCUACAGGAGGAAAAAGACCUCCAUAUUGUCAGUUUUGCAUACUCUUACUUGAGAAGCUUUGCCAGAUCCAGUACUCCCAACAACCACUUCCUCUCAACUGCCUGCAACGUAGCCAUGAAAAUCCUGGCCCCUAAAUACGGUCGUCUCAGCUAUCACUACAGCAAAGCAGUGCACAUGGACUGGUUUAAUGAUGAUUUCCUGAUUGGUACAGCUACAGAAGUCUUUAUGCUGAGAAGUGCAACAAGCAUCUUUCCCACUGAAAUCCUGAUGAAAGGGAAAUUCUACUUCAUUGGUAGAAUUCUGCAGCUACUGGAGCUGGGUAUCCGUGCUGAAGGACUUCAGGAGCUGCUUGGUGCCAUUAUCCCUAGUUUUAAGGGAGACCUUAGUUUCAGUGACUUUCAGGCUAUUCUAAAUAUGCUUCAAAACUGGGAAAUUUUGCCCAAUGACAAGACUGUACUGUCUGCUUAUUCACGCGCCUCUGGACAAGAAUGGUUCUUUGCUGAUCUUCACAAAGAAACCAUUCAGGACCUCAUCAGGGCUCUCAGUCCGUCAGCAGGAAAAGAGAGCCCUCUGUGGGCUGCGAUUGAGAAUCUAAAGAGCGGAGUGUCAUGGCAUCGGACAAAGCCAUUCCUAAUCUUUGAGGUUCGCUACUUCCAAGCUACCACCCUGGGUCUCCCGCUGGAGAUUAGCAAAUAUUAUGAAACCAUCAAUGGGAUCACUGUAAAUGCCAAGGCCGCAGUAGAUCCACCACUGACUGAACAUCUUGGACAGCUGUUGACUUCUGAAAUUUCACUGGAGAGUGAUGGUUUUAUUGGUUUCACAAAGGAUUUUUGGGUUUACUACGGGAUCAACACAGAGCUGUUCCAGUGCGGUUCCGAGUUUAAGAGCAAAAUGCCGAUUGCUAUUCCGUGGAAUUUUGCCGCAAAGAUCAACAUCAGAGAAAGGAAAUUUGAACUCGACAUCCCUUCACUGAAAAAAGAGACUGAACUCCUCUCACUCAGCUCAAAUGUGUACGCAGUCUCCAGGAACAUUGAAGAACCAGCUUCAGCUAAAAUGACUCCAAUAAUGCCCACCGCCAUGGAUUCCAAUGAUGAAGUCACCAACAUGAACCCUGCAGUCGUGAGGCCUGAGCCAGAUCCGAUCCGGACACCAAAAGCCUGGCAUCCGAUUUCCAAAAUGUGUGCAGAGAGUAACAUCUAUGGAGCUGGUCUGUGUGUGGAGUCUGAGUUGAGGAGAGAGUAUUAUCACGAGGAAUACCCCCUGUACUAUUUCUUGGGAUACACCCAAAUGGCAUUCAAAAUAGUCCCAGCACAGGCAAUCAAAGCUGUUGACAAAAUCCACUUUGAGGUAAAUGCUGGCCCGAACACACAACCAACGAGCACACGCCAACUGCUUGAAACUCUGAAGAGGCUUUCCAAGGAAGCUACCCAGCGAGUAAGUCUGACCUCUGAUUCAGCCUCAAGCAGCAGAGAAUCUCAUCGCAGCCGUCGUGACAGCGUAAUGGAGGGCUUGGACUCAACACCUGAAGCUGUGUUCAAUAUCAAAGCCUUUGCUUUGAGUGGCAACCAGAAGCCCGAGGGUUACGAUGCAGCCUUCUACUACACGCCUGAGGCAAACACUGAGAACGCCCAGCUGAUCGUGUCCCAGGUCGGGGAAGACACCAACUGGAAGAUGUGCGUCGACACCACUGUGGAUGCCCAUGUUGAGGGAAAGGCACACAUUAGAUGGGGAGCUGAAUGUCAGUCCUAUGAAAUGUCAAUGAGAUAUGCAACUGCACAUCUGCCUGGCUCCAAGCCAACACUCAAGGCCAAAGUACACUGGACCAAGAUCCCUGAGAGCAUGACAGAGACGGGCAGAAGAAUUGAAAGCUACAUCCCAGGCAUGGCUUUACUUCUCGGCUUCAACCAGCAGCAUGAGAGAAAUGCCAAGCAGGAGGUUUCUGCAUCAGUUGUUGCCGCCUCAGCAGACAGCGUCGAUGUGAAGAUUACAUUCCCAGAGUAUACAGUCUACCGCCAGGCUAUUCCGGUCCCACUGCCAUCCACCAUUUUUCAGGAGCUUCCACACGACAUCAUAAACACGACAAUACCCAGCUUUGGACGUGCAUAAAAACAUAAAGACAACAAAGCCCAGAUGGGAGCCAGAUGCCUCUUUUCAGUGGUAACGGCACAACCAAAAUCUCACCACGGUGAUGAAAGGGAGGAUCAUAAAAGAUGCAUCAGUAAUCCGUCAGAUGUCACCAGUUUGGAAAUAACCUGUAAAGGUCCUGAUUUAUUCAUCUGAAAGCAUGUUAAUAUUUGAACACCCUCUUUCAAUGAAAAAAAUGUGCAAAUUCAUACUCA